GAUAAAGACUGAUUUUUGGUGUCUAUGGGGUUCUGUGUGUGCCGUGAACUAACAAAGAUCUCUGACUUGUUCAGCAUGGGGACUUGAGCAGUCUGAGUUCAGAGCAAAGAUUUGACGUGUUUUGUGUGAGCUAAUGCAACGAACCCAAAUUUCAACAAAAUGGAAGAAUGGACAACUUCUGCAUGUAUGGCUAACCGCAUCCCUCCUUCUGCCAGACAUUUCUUCUAGCAAGUGUUGGUUGCAUAGAGUUUUGGGGAGAAGAUGGGAAAGGAGGAAAUCAAGGGAGUCACAAUAACCUCUGUGUUAAAAUUAACAAUCUGUAGUGUUUGAUAAUUUUUGUAAUUUAACUUCAUAACUUUUAAGUUGAGGCUUUUACAAACAUCGUUCCUUUCUUUUUGAAAUCAAGCAGGGUAUCAAGGUAUUGCAAGCCAUCUCCAAAUAUUCAAAUCUAAACUGGCAAAAUAUAUUAGAUUUUUCAUUAUUUCUUCUCACCCCAAUCAUUCCUCAUUUACACUUUGAGGCUUGAGCUCUUGGCAGGAUCUGCUGUGGUUUGAUAGGUGUUAGGUUAGUUCAGGCAGGGACAGUGCAAUUUCAUUCUUCCCAAGGCAGAGUUCUGCCACUUGUUCUUGGUAAGCUGCUAUUAAAGGAAAAUGAGAAAGAAAAUGAGGGUUUGGUACAGUUGACUCCAACUUUGAGUAGAACUUUCCUUUUAAAGUAGUUACUGGAAUUGGCACAACCAAAAGCUUAAAAAGGAUAGGAAACUGUAAGGAGAGUCCAAGUAAACCUCAGCAAAUCCAUUUAAAUGAGAGGGAAAUUAGUUCCUAAAAAAAGACAGACCAGAGACAAAGGCAACAAGACUGCGUACUCUGUGGUGACAGCUAUAAUGUUUUUCAUUUAGAGGCUGUGGUUUGUUUUGUUUUUUAGCGUCUGCUCCAGAUAUAAACAAGAGAGCUCAAUCAGCAAGAUGAAAUGAAUGUGUAAAGCUUGGAUUUGGGCCUUGCCUAAUGCACUGUCAGAUGAAAAUAAUUAACAGCUUGUGUGUACCUACUCCCUCCUGCCGAAGUCGGAAUAAUCUGUAAACCUUGCAAUAGCUUAAUGACAAAGCACCUUAUCAUUAUUCUAUUCUAAAAAUGAGCUUUUUGGUCCCUCUGAGGAGACCUUAGAGUGUAGAAAUGAGGCAGUUGGAUUAGCUGAUCUCUGAAGGCUCCUUCCAGCUGAACUCUUCUAGUAGGCAGUUUCUUUCUGUACACCCUGGCAGGCUUGUGGAGACUGUGCUGCAAUCCAAAAGCUAGCCAGAAGGCAGGCAGCACUUGCUGCGUCAGCUUUGACAUAAGUAAUUGCUCUGGAAUCUUUUUGAGUAGUGGGAGGAAUAUUAGUUUUGGUUUCUCUGGCGUGUAAGCUACAUGUGAAAGGACAGCAGCGAAUGGGAAAUCCAAACCUGUUGCCAGAAGCUGGCUGGCUAGUCUAGUGUCCCUGUGGUCAUCCAAGCCUAAGACAGGUGAUGUGAACUUCUUGUUGAAGGUGUUUGCCUCCACUGAUUUGUAAGAAAGAGUAAAAUGAGCUCCGAAUAUAAUUCAACAGUUGUUUGGCUAGAGGUUAAAGGAGUUGAUGUCCACUGAGGCACCAUCCUCUAACUGUCCCCUACCUUCUCUCUCCCCCAAAACCUAAACGUUUGAGUGACAGCAGCUUUAUCAUAAAAGGGGGACUUCCCUGUCACUCCACCUGAUCAAAACACCAGUAGCCUAGACCAGUGGUGGUCCCUCUGAUCUCUCGAAUGGCCUGUAUGCAUGCCAUUUUAUAAAGCAUUUUGUACUCUACACAGUGUUGAUAAGACUUGUCCUGGCAAUUUUAACUGCGUUUUAUAGGCAGAAAAAGCUGGCGCUGUUUAUUAUGCUGAAAUUGUCUGUCCUUGAGAGCAUGAGCUCUCCCUUCCCAGUCUGUGGCUUUAUCUUUCUGAUGCUUUGAGGAGCCUGAGUAAUGAACACAAUUUUGUAAGCAUAACUUUUUUUUUUUUUUUCCCCUUAAACUUUUUCUGCUUUUUAAAAUUGCUUUGCAACUCUUUUGGGAGGUGGUUUAUGCAAGGGAAGGAAUCCUGCAGUACUUGCAUGCUGCUUUAUUAGCCAAACAGUUAAUGAGGGAAAACCAAUUGACCAUAGUGGUGGAGUGGGUUUAAUAUUAACCUGUCAGUUAUUACACGCGAGUUGACUUUAUUGAAAGGCACAAUUGCAUGGGCUUAGGAAAGCAGAAGCAGUAGUUGGUGUAGCAACAGAUUUUUCCAUCCCCUUUUUCUUGCCCCAGGCAUUUUCCACAGUUUCCAUAUAAUUUAUAUGUCACGAUUAUUUUUCUGGCUCGCAUUCCAUAUUUUUGAUAAUUGGUGUAUUGUUGUAAAGCGAGUGCUGGAAACUUGCAUACCGAUGUUUUUUUCCAGGAAAUGACUUGCCUGUGUCCAGGACGAGCUGAUCAGACUGUUUUUUGUCUAAUGGGAACAGUACUUUACCACUGCUGGGCGAGCCAUUUGUAGCUGAUCAGCUACUUAACACAUUUCACUACUUGGUGUUCACAGAUUCUGCCAUUGGAAGGAGAGUAAUGACACUGGGAAUUUAAUUUUUGUAAAGUAAAUUAUUUUAAUAUACUUUAAUGGUCAGUUGAUAUAGCCUGAAAAUUGAAUACACGGUUAUCUGUGAAGACGUACCUCCCUCUGAGACUGGCGUGUGCUCUUUAUCAUAAAUCUCUAGACCUUGUGUUAAUGGAGAACUCACUGCCUUUCUUCGCCUUGCAUAUGGAAAAUAAAAUUACUUCAAUUUUUCAGUUGUCUUGAUGAGAAUGUUUCCCACCUUCAGUUUCUGUCAAACACAGGAGUCGGUUCCCAUGCUUAGGCUGAGGUCAGAGAAGAUGAGUAAAGGGGACUGGUGUUGGCUAUCAGUACAUGUUUUGGGUGUUCCCUUCCUCCUGAGCUGUUUGUGACGUUUUCAGCGGGAUGUCGCCUUCCUCUUUCAAUCUGAGUUCAGGAACAUAUUCCGCUUUGAAACAGCGUGAUGAAAAAUGUGAGAUUUUUGGAGCGGAAAAGCACACACCUGGUUUGAGGGCAGCUUUGUGAGCUGCUUUACAGGAGCCAUCUUAUCUGCUCUUCUGGUAGGUGUUGGAGACGCUAUGCAUUUUAUCCCUUUUUAUUCAGAUCUUGUGCUAACAGGAUGGCCAGUGCUGGAUUCAGCAAGGGCAGAGGGCUCUGAGGAGCUCAGCAUGCGUGGCUGGGCUGCGCUGUGCCCGACUGAAUCACCAUCCCUGGAGGCCUUCAAGAAACAUGUAGAUGUAGGACCUAGUAGCAUGGUUUAGUGGUGGACUUUAGCACUAGGUUAAAGGUGCAAUCUUGGAGGUCUUUUCCAACCUGCAUGAUUGUGUAAACGAGGAGGAAGGAUUUGUAGCAGUCUGGUUUCAAAUUUGUGACUUGUUCAGGGCGUGCCUGGUGAGAGUGUACCAGCAUCAGUAUUAACACAGAUCCUAAGAGGCCACUUACCUUUAUACAGGAAAGGUCCUUGGCUGGUAAGGAUGUCAUCAGCACUGUCUGUGGGAAGGACUGUAGCUCCUUGGUGAUGUUCAGGGAAGGGAUAUAGGAAACUUCCUUUUCAGUAAAUACCAGGAAGUUGAGAACUGAUGUUCAGUAACCUUUGACAUGUGCUCUCUUAGUGCUGAUCUGUUGUUGUCUUUAACUGACACCUCUGGAUUUGGAGCUGAAGGCGUGAUAACGAUCAACCAAAACCAACUCUCUGUAGCAGAUGAGUGCUGACUGUGGUAACUUUCUUCAAAAUCCAUGGAUGCAUGUGCAGCUUGUAAAUACCAGCAAGUCAUCAGCAGCUUCAAUUUCAAUUUAUGAGCAUCCCCUGAAUAAUGCAGAGGACUCUGUUAAGUGGCUUCCCAAGUCUCCCAAACUGUACAGUGGCCAUAACUGGAGCUCCCAGGGCUCUCGCUGGGCCUCGUUGAAAGGGAAGGAAGGUUUUCAUGGUGGCAACCUGUACAAACUCAGCUCUGCCAAUGGAAAGUGGAGGGAAGGAAGGAUCAGCCCUGAGCAAGAGGCGGAGGAACUGGAGGAUCCUGAUGAGGAUGAACCUAUUUCCAAGUUUUCUGGCAGCCUUUUUGAUACUGACAGUAGCGUAAGAGAUCAGAGAAAUACCAGAACAACUCUACAGGAGAAGCACAAGUCAGCAGCGAAGGGGAAAACUCUCCCAGGGACUAACAGCAAGGCACAGGCGCCUGUCCCAGCAGUGGGCAGCUUGUCCGGAGAGAGCAGCAGGUUUCUGGAGGACUCAAGAGCUGCAGAUGGGACACAGCCCCCGCUGAAGAUAACCAUUACUGUGUGCAGUCAAAUGGGGAGUCUUGGUAUUAGCAUUGCUGGUGGAAAGGGCUCAUCUCCAUAUAAAGACAAUGAUGAGGGAAUUUUGAUUGCUCGGCUACCAAAAGAUGGUCCGGCGGACUUGGUGGGGGUGCAAGCAGGAGACAGAGCAGCAGAGGGAUCCCUCAUUUCAGAACCCAAUGCCCAUGAUGCUGGUCCUGCUGAAGCUUCAUCUAAAGGCAGCCCCUUCCAGACAGUAAACCAUGUCAUAACAAUACCUCGAAUAAUCCUCACACGCCCUUCGACUUCUGAUGAAGAUACUGACCAGUUACCCCCAGAUCCGGAGGACCUUGAGCCGGAGGAGCCCAGUGGCACAGGAAGCCAUGCCUAUUCGGACUGUCUCAACAGUGCUUUUUAUCCUCCCUAGUAAAAUACUUUUUUGGAAAGAGUUCAUGAUUUUUUUCCCCCCAAUUAUUCAAUGACAUUUAAUGUAGUACUUGAACCGCUAUGCCUUAUUUGUGGGUAAAACCAUUACACAGAGGAUGGAUUUGAACUGGGGACAGGGGGAGCACAAUCCGUGUUUGUCUUUGGUUGCCUUGAACUUGCCUUCAGCCAGAACUUGUGCACUUGAAGAAAUGUGCUCUGGUGAGGUUAUGAAUGUCCCUACGUGCUUCAAUGCCCUCUUGUAAGUGCAUUCUACAGCAGCUAAAUGCAAUGAUGGGAAGAACAGAUGAUUUUUAUUCAGAGGCUACUCUAUCCAUUUGGAAACACAAUGAAAACAAUUGUAUAGCUGUUUUUUAAAAUCUCGUGUCCAUUUUGUGUUUAUGUAGCUUACCCUUUUGUGUACCUGCAGGUUCCUUUGGAUUACCCCAUUUAAUAUUGUUUUCUAUAAGAAUAAAGAUCCUUUUCUGUAUUAUAAA